UAGUAUUUGUUGUGACCUGUCUCUAACACACAAAUAUGAGGCUGGUCUUUAGUUUUUCCUAUGUAAAUAAGGUUUUCUGACCCACUACUCUUUACUCCAAAAAAUAAACAUGCUCAGACCACGGUUUUUGCCUCCAGAUGAUCGUACUGUUCGUGACAGUGAGAGGAAAGCUGCCAAGCUGCAUUUUAGUCAGUUGGGGAACAGUGAAAAUUUCCUCUUAGAGGUGGAAAAAAGCUCUAGGGAGAAGACAAUUAAAAACUGUGUGACAGAUGAGGGCUCUGCAUCAAAAGUCAAUACUGAUGUUGACACAAGAAUUGAAACAGACUCAAACAAAGGACUUUUUAUUCCCUUUCCCAACCGGGAAAUAAAGGAUUCCCUAACCAGCACUCCUGCAACCCAGGGCAAUGGUAUACCAGGUCAGAAAUCAGACACUUUCCCACUGGGGCCACAGAUGCAGGAAGUGACAAGAAGGGAGAUGCCAAGUGACAGCCACCAGAAUGAUGAAUUCAGACACUACUCGCCUCAUCAGUCUACAGUCCAAUCCCCAGAGAAGAUGACUAGAGAUGGGUACCGAAUAUCUUUUUUGGACAAUAAAUCUUCAAGUUCUUCUCCAGAAAAGGACUUGACAACAAAACCUGAUACUUAUCAGCUUUCUCAUGAUGCCUCAUUGGGUAAACGCCUGGAUGUGGGUGAUUCUAGCCAGAUCCAUCCCUAUCAGAUACCUUCUGAUGUUGGUCUGGAAAAUUAUGAUGGUCAUUAUUCUCAAACUCGACCCCUGCAUGGAAGUCUUGGUAAAAGGCCUCAGAGAAACAGGAACUACCGAGAAUAUAGCACAAAGCUUCCAAAUGACAUAAAGGCCACCGUAUCCCAUUCCUGUGGAGAUUUACUGACUUCUCUGUCAAACCCUGACUCCAGCACCGAAAGACUUUUGAAGCUUAGUUCAGAGCUAUAUGCCACCACCCAUUUCAACAGUGACCCUGCUUUGCUGGUCAAUGUAGAGCAACAGUUAUCCAGCAACCUCAGUGAUUUAACACCAGCACAUGGCUCUUUCCCAAACAACUCGGCCCUGGGAAACUCUCUGCGAAUGUUGCUGUUACCUCCUGGGACUUCAGAAGACCGAGAGAUUCUGACCAAGAGGUCAUUAAGCCCAUCCAAGAGAGGAUUCAAACGGAAGGACAAUAUCCUUGUCAACCUGAGUGCAAAGCAUGGUUUCCGUGAUGCUACAGGCAGUGAGCCUCUCUCUAGUGACCUGGGCAGUUUGCAUGGUUUGCCAGGAAACCACAGUCCCCCGAUCUCUGACAGAACCCCCCAUGUGGCCACUGUCCUCAGACAGCUCCUGGAGCUUGUGGAUAAGCACUGGAGUGGCUCUGGCUCCCUCCUCCUCAACAAGAAGUUUCUCGGUCCUGCUCGAGAUCUGCUUCUGUCUUUGGUAGUCCCAGCUCCCCCUCCUCAACAGUGGUGUUGCUCACAUCCUGAAGACCCAUCCUCAAAAGCCUUCCACAGGAGGGACAAUGAACUGAAGGAGGCUGGGCUACUCGUCCCUAAUGAUAUGGAAAGUUUGAAGCAAAAACUGGUCAGAGUGCUAGAGGAAAACCUCAUUCUGACAGAAAAAAUUCAGCAGUUGGAGGAAGGUGCUGCCACUUCAAUUGUGAGUGGACACCAGUCUCAUACUUAUGAUGAUCUUGUGCGCAAAAACCAACAGUUGACUAUGCAAGUGGCUUGCUUGAACCAGGAGCUUGCCCAACUGAAAAAGCUGGAGGAGACCGUUGCCCUUCUUCAUGAAAGUCAGAGGGUUAACUUCUUUGGGGUCAGCUAACUUUCUUCACUAUACCCCCUAAAAUCAGUCAUCUGGCUCCUCUGGAAAAUGCCUUCCUGCUAUUGGUCACAAAAGAUGCAUCAAGAGCACUCAGUAGAGAGUGAUAGGGAAAGAAUCCAAAGUAUGUGUCUUCUUCAGAAGCACUCAAAAGAGUCAGCAUCUUCACAGAAGAGUACCCUUGGAUGCAGACCAAGAAACACCUGAGAAGACCUCAAGGCCACUGCCUUGGCAGCUCUAGGGAAGCCCUUGAAGUCUUUAUUUACCAGUCUACCUCUACUAGGACUUUGAAUGACAUUUAAAUACAAGCACCCCACUCCCAAAUCUUCAGCUCCAAGCUUUAUCACUCUUUUGUUGAAAUAGCUUCAUAUCCAGAGGAUUAACCCCCCACUUCUGGGUGGAUUUUUUUCAUUAUAUGCAUUUAUAUGUGGGUUGGAAACCAAGAAUAUGCAUUUCCAGUAAGUUUUCAGGUGAUACUGUUGCUGCUGAUCUGAGAACUACAUUUUGAGAGCAUAGGGUAUCUCAUUUGGGUAUGUAUAGUCAAAAUAGUGUAUUUUAAAUUAACUUGAAACAAUUUUUCUGUGUAUUGGUCCCAUUAACUCAGUGUACAAGUUCACUUAUUUCAUUUUGGUUUUGAUUCUUAGGGAUUUUUUUUAUUUAAUCUUAUUUGCAUAAUUAUGUAAAAUAUUUCUAUGUGGCCCCAAAAAUCAAAUAUAAAAUAAUAUAAAUUCAGAAAAAUCUAGACACUUUUUUCUGUCUCCUCUAUCCUUUCCUUUCCUCCCACUGGCAUUUUAUUGUGGAUGGUAGCAUUUGUAUUCCCCCUUAAUUAUAUAAAAAGAAGCAUAAUAUUGCUUUAACAUUUUUAUCUUAGAAAUAAGUUCACAUUAGUCUAUGGAGCUCGUUUUCAUUCCUUUGUAUAGCUGCAUAGUACUCUAGUGUGUGGUUGUAGUUUAUUUGACUGUCAUCUAGUAAUGUCUGUGGAUAUUUUGGUUAGCCAUGUUUGGCUGUUAAAAAAUGGUACCAUCGGGGCUGGAGGUAUGGAUCAGUGGUGGAAUGUGUACUUAGUUAUUUGAGGCCCUGUGUUCAACUCCCAGCACCAAAAAUAAAAACAAACAAAAUAGUACUAUAAUGAACAGCUUUGUGUAUAUACCUUUUUUUUUCUUUGCCAGUGUGUGGAUGACUUUCAACAUUACUUGAUAAUACAGGGUUCAGAAAUACAGGAUGGCAUCAUUGUUGGUUGCAGAGGCAGGACAGAAUAGAAAAAGAAGUUAUGAUUUGGAGAGUGCGUAGAAAUUGAGGCCUGAUCAGGAGCCAGUGUCCUACUUACCUCAUCAGGAAAGUUGUUUUGAAAACAGUAUAACAGACACUCUAUAAAAUGUGAAAUAUAUUAUUGCUUUAAUCAGUCUGGAACACAAUCAGAAUUGUAAUGAAGAAACUGUACAUUUGCUUUUAAAAUAACCCACUUACAAAUUUGACGAUUCUGUUGAAAGAUGAUACUUCAUUUUACAUUUAUCUUUAGCACACAUUUCAGACCCAAAUGGCAUCUACUUUGCUUUUGUGAUUUCAUGACUGUCUUUCCCCC